GGGCAAUGCAAACGAGUCGAAGGCUCGAAGCAAGUGUUGUCAACACCAGAGAACCCAUCCUUUUCAGCAAACGCAAAUACCCAAAAGCAAGAGGGCAUAAGAGCAAAGCUAGAAGACAAGAAUGAUUGAUUGAAGAGAACAACUCAACUCUACUGUUCAAACAACGCAAAGAUUCGAAUCUUCCAAUAAGAACAUUCGAUCGGAAGAAGAAAAUCCAACGGCUAAGAUUCACCGAAGCCACACAGCCUCCAAAAAUUCCAUGGCAUAAUUCCAACACCCACACCUUAUAACACACCAACAUUAGUAACCUUUCUUUCUCUCUCACCCUUGUAUUUCGCCAUCUCUGCACCAAUCAUUCCCUUUCUCUUUUCUCUCUUCCCUUAACCACAAGCACUUCCACUCUCUCUUCUCCGGUGAAGCCUCGUUUCAGUGGUGGCGGGAACGAGGUUUGACCGUUAGGUGAACACCUCAUUUUCUGGGACAUGGAGGUUUCUGUCGGGUCGCCCAGAAAGUCCAUAGCGGAAAAAGUGUUUGGAUAUCACGGGAAUAACAGCCAAAAGAGGCGUGGGAAUGACUCUCACAACGUUCAUGAUGAUGACAGCGAUGGAGGCAUGGAACUCAUGGAGAUUGGAGCUGAAAGAACAAAGAACGUGUUGAUUCUCAUGAGUGAUACCGGUGGUGGACACAGAGCCUCCGCUGAGGCCAUUCGUGACGCCUUUCAAAUUGAAUUCGGUGAUGAAUACAGGAUAUUUGUUAAGGAUGUUUGGAAAGAGUACACGGGGUGGCCGUUGAAUGACAUGGAGGGGCAAUAUAAAUUCAUGGUUAAGCAUGUGCAGCUGUGGAAUGUUGCGUUUCAUAGUACUUCUCCUAGAUGGAUUCACUCUGUGUAUUUGGCUGCCAUCGCUGCCUACUAUGCUAGGGAGGUGGAGGCGGGGCUAAUGGAGUACAAGCCAGAUAUAAUCAUUAGUGUUCAUCCCUUGAUGCAGCAUAUUCCAUUGUGGGUUCUAAAGUGGCAAGGUUUGCAAAAGAAAGUGAUAUUUGUCACAGUGAUCACAGACCUCAGUACAUGCCAUCCUACUUGGUUUCAUCCUUGGGUGAAUAGAUGUUACUGCCCUUCACAGGAGGUUGCCAAGAGAGCCUCACAAGACGGUCUCGAGGAAUCUCAAGUCCGUGUUUUUGGCUUGCCCAUUAGGCCUUCUUUUGCCCGGGCAGUUCUUGUGAAGGAUCAAUUAAGAGAAGAACUCGAGAUGGAUCCCAACUUGCCAGCAGUUUUGCUGAUGGGGGGUGGUGAAGGAAUGGGUCCUGUCAAGAAAACAGCAAAGGCUCUAGGAGAAUCACUUUAUGAUAAAGAAGCUGAGAAACCAAUUGGACAGUUAAUUAUCAUAUGUGGUCGUAAUAAGAACUUAGCAUCUACCCUUGAAUCUCUUGAAUGGAAGAUUCCUGUAAAGGUUAGAGGAUUCGAGAAACAAAUGGCCAAAUGGAUGGGAGCCUGUGACUGCAUCAUAACAAAAGCUGGACCAGGUACAAUUGCAGAAGCAUUGAUCAGAGGGCUUCCUAUAAUCCUCAAUGACUAUAUCCCCGGACAGGAAAAGGGUAAUGUGCCUUAUGUGGUAAACAAUGGAGCUGGUGUCUUCACUCGUAGUCCUAAUGAAACUGCAAGAAUUGUGGCUGAAUGGUUCAGCACAAAAUCAGAUGAGCUGAAAACAAUGUCAGAGAAUGCACUUAAAUUAGCUCAACCAGAAGCAGUGUUUGACAUCGUAAGGGACAUUCAUGAACUUGCUCAGCAACGAGAACCAGCAAAUUUUCCAUACUUGUUGACCUCAUCAUUUACCAGCCUAAUCUAAUUCAUUCAUUGUGCACCUUUUACAUUAGCUUUUUUGCAUUAGAAUUGACAUGUAUAGUUAGCUUUUCAAAUUAUAUCAUUCUUUAUCCUUGUAGCUUGGUUUAACUGUCAUUAGCUACAAAAUUGUGGUAAACAAGCUCUGGUUUUAUAAAAUGGGUUGUCUGUAACUGCAAGAUGGUUUAACAUUCUACUAUGCAUUUCAGUCAAAUGAUUUUUUUUUCCC